ACACACACACACACACACACACACACACACACACACACACACGUCUGUCAUGAGCGUACUGGAGAUUGUGUCGUCGCUGAAGCGACUGGCAGAGGACGCCACCAACAGAGCAACCAUCGUCGAGGAUCGUGGGUGCCUGCCAGGCCUCGUGCUCUUUCUCGAUAACUCAGAUACACGCGUCGUGCAGACGGCGUUGGACACGCUGAAGCUGUUGGCGACGUGUGAAUCCAACCAUAAGCGCAUGCGGACGGAGCUUGGCCUCGUGGAUUCCCUCAAAACAAUCAGCAAGCAGGAUGGGGCAACUGCAGAGACAGCGUCACGCGUCCUGGCUGUCAUUCGACAAGGGAGCGGAAAGAAGCAACAGCAACCCGCGCUGAAGAGCACGCGCGUGCCGCUGUCAACCAUCCAGACGCCCGGCCCACACAUGCUGCAGACACACACAGCCCGCAUGGCGCGAACGGUGGUGCUGCAGGUGAUGGGCAUGAACGACCUUGACGGGCGCCGCGCUGUGGAGGAGGAAUUGCUGGCCAUCAAGGGCGUUGUCAGCUUCACCUUUGAUAUGCGGUCUGCACGCGUCACCAUCCGCGUCCGCGAUUGGGUCAAGACAGAGGAGCUGUGCGAGGCGAUUGGCAUGACAAAGACAAUGACUGCGCGCCAAGUUGUUCGCAACGAUCUUGGACAGGAGGUCAUGCUCUCCUUUGGCUCUUCCCCAGUCAAACUCGACGCCGACGGUGACCGUGCCCGCCCGCCUGUGCCGGAGUAUCUCGAUGAGGACGACGAGAAUAUGUUUCAGCCCGAAGUCGGCAAGCACGCCAUCACAAAGCAGGGCGAUACGCAGGGCGCAGGCUGGCUCGGCGCUAUCGGUGGCUAUCUGGCCAAGACCUUCUACUGGUGAGGAGGAAGUUUUGUCCAAUGUCUGUGUCUGCGUGUGUCGAUUCAUUUCCCUGUUCCAGAAAGCGCUGUCUUUUGCUUCGUUUCAUGCUUGAGUGUGCGCGCGUGUAUAUGUGCGUGUGUUUUGGUACGUUGUCGUGUGUAACGUCACGUCGUUAUAGUACAAAGAGUUGAACGGCA